AUGUCGUCAUCUGGAAAUGCUGCGUCACAUGAAGUCUGUGCAGCAUCAUCCCCAGCACCAGAGGCCGAACCCCUGAGGCUCGUCCUGCUGGGGAGGACGGGGAGAGGCCGGAGUUCCUCGGGCAACACCAUCCUGGGCAGGUCGGCGUUCUGGGCCAACGUGUCCCCCUCUUCUGUGACCUCACAAUGCAAGAAGGAGACUGGGACAGUGCACGGGCGCAGCGUGUCUGUGAUCGACACCCCGGGGUUCCUCCACACCCGGCUCCCCCCUCAGGAGGUCAUGGCGGAGGUGGGGCGCUCUGUCCUCCUGUCCUCUCCAGGGCCUCAUGCCUUCUUAGUAACCCUGCAGCCCUGCAGGUUCACAAAAGAGGAGAGGGACACCCUGGAGUGGAUCAAGGCUGCGUUUGGUCCUGAGGUCUGCAGGUUCACCGUGGUGCUGUUCACCGGGGGGGACCAGCUGCAGGGAAGACACACCGGAGACUUCCUGAAGGAGAGCAAGGAGCUGCUGGAGUUUGUCAGCAGCUGCCGUGGAGGGUAUCAUGUCUUCGAUAACAGGGACAAGACAACAGAGUCACCACAGGUGGAGCAGCUGCUGAAGAAGGUGGACAAGAUGGUGGAGGACAAUGGAGGCGGUUGCUACAGCAACGGGAUGUUUAGGGAGGCAGAGAAGGUGAUCAAGGACGCACGAGAGAGGAUUCUGGGAGGACAACUACUGGGGUCUCCUCAGAAGUUUGCGGAGGUCAAAGAGGAGCAGGGACUAGAGUUAGAGAGGAGGAGGAGGAGGGAGGAGGAAGAGGCGAGGAAGAGGGAGGAGGAAGAGGCCAGGAAGAGGGAGGAGGGACUUUUCUGGUGCGAGCUGGUGACUGCGGUGGGGAAGGGAGCUGCAGAGGGGGCAGGAAUCAUGGGGGAGGACGAGGGGAAAGGGAAGGUCGUGAAGAAGGUGAAGGUGAUGGAGAGGGCAGCGGCUCUGGCAGCGUCGCCGCUCUCCAUCACCUCUGCUGCCAAGGUGGUGGGGGGGGCCGUGAGGGAGGGAAGCAAGGUGUUGUACAAGCACCGGAAAACGUUCCUGCACUGA